CCAAGGAAUACAUCAGGCCAAGAAUUCAGCCCUGCAUAGAAUCAAAAUGGCAGACAGGCGGAUCACCCAGGAGACCUUUGACAGUGUGGUGCAGGAGAAUAUCAGCGAGUUUGGCAUGGAUCCCGAAGAAGCAGUGGUGGAAGCUGUCCAGCAAUUUGAAUCUCAAGGUGUGGAUUUGAGCAACAUAGUUAAGGUAGCUCCCAAUGAGAAUGGUCAAGAACAGAAACAUGCCAUUCUGCAGACGUUGGACUCUCUCCAGAAAGCUGUCGUCGACUCUGACUCUGCCAAAGUCAACGAGCUCCUGGCCAGCUUUGCGGAGCAGUGCAGGCAGGAACUGGCGGUCCGUUACCUGGCGGGGCAGAAAGGGGCCUACCCCGCUGUGCUGGCAGCCUGCCGCCUGGCGUCUAAUGACAGGUGCUCGCUCCUGAAAGCUCUCGGCGCCCUCUCAGUGCUCCUGGACGGGCAGCCGGACCUCCUCGACGCCUCCGGGCAGGAGCUGCUGUUGCAGGUGCUGCGGGAGAGCCGGGAUGACGCUGAGCUGACCUUUGCCGCCAUCCGCGGCAUCCGCCACGCCUGCUUGAAGCACGAGCAGAACCGGCAGGACCUGGUGAAGGGCGGCGUCCUCCAGCUCCUUGCCGGGGCUAUCGUUCGGCAUGGGGACCGCGCCGACGUCGUGCGGGAGGCCUGCUCGGGGCUGCGCAUCAUGACGUUCGACGACGACAUCCGGGUACCUUUUGGCCACGCCCACGACCACGCCAAGAUGAUCGUGGUGGAGCACGACGGCUUGAGGAUCCUCAUCGAAGCAGCCAAAGUUUUCACAGACAACAGCAGCGUCCUCUGCGAAAUCUGUGCCACUGUGACCCGCCUGGCUGUCCGGAAUGAGUUUUGCCAGGAGAUAGUUGAUCUCGGAGGCUUAAACUUCAUGGUGGCAUUGCUGGCCGACUGUAUUGACCAUCAGGUGCCAGGGGAAAAUUAGCACUCCGUGACAAAUUUCUCUCACGGCAUGCAGGAGCUGGUGAAGCAGGUGCUGAGCGCCAUCCGGGCCAUCGCGGGCAACGACGACGUGAAGGACGCCAUCGUCAAUGCCGGAGGGACGGAUCUCAUCGUGCUGGCCAUGAGCCGCCACCUGGGCAGCCCUCAGGUGUGUGAGCAGAGCUGCGCGGCCCUGUGCAUGCUGGCCUUGCGCAAACCAGAGAACUGCCGUGUCAUCAUGGAAGGCGGGGGGGCCUUGGCUGCGUUGCAGGCCAUGAAGAUGCAUCCCAGGGAAGUCACUGUGCAGAAACAAGCCUGCAUGCUGAUCCGCAACCUCGUCUCCCACACCCGGGACUUUUCCCAGCCCAUCCUGGAGAUGGGAGCUGAGGACCUGAUCACGGAGGCCCGGGCGGCGCACCGGGACUGCGACGACGUGGCCAAGGCAGCCUUGCGGGACCUCGGCUGCAAGGUGGAGCUGCGAGAGCUGUGGACCGGCCAGAAGGGAGGCCUCGCCCACUGAGACGCCGG